AAUCUCUUGCUCGAUACAAGAUUUGGUGCGUGGUACUCCAAUGGUAUUGAUUGAUAUUCCCUUUGAGUUAAAAAGUUUCAAAAUAAGGAUGAUGAAUGCUAUAAGGAAUCUUCUCGGCAUUCCCAUGGCUCCACCUGAUCUGGUCCCCACAACCACUCUACACAAUCCUACAUCUACUGACAUGGAAUCUGUGGAGCGUACGAUUGGGGAUUCAGUGAGAGUUCCUGCAGUUGAUGUUCAUGGUGAUUCUGUUGAAAAUAUUGUUAAUGCCUUUCCAUCAGAUCUUGUCGCUGUUGAUACGCACGUAGAUGCACCGGGUAAGGGAGAAGUUGCAAAGGAUCCAACAUUGAGCAAUGUCAUCAUCGCAUGUAGCCUUGUGCCUUCGUCCAAAACGGCCCAAGUAGCAGAUGUAAAUUAUACGCAAGCAGACAUCUCACUGUCCUUUGAUAUCAUUCAGUCCUCUGCCCAUGCGAAUAUAGUGGAGUCCGAGUAUUGGGUUUCACUGCCGGUAGCUAAGUUUGUAUUUGCUCUUCUCUCUUAUGUCCAUCGCUAUACUCCAAUUUGCAGGCUUAAUGAAGAUCUAUCAUCAAGUGGGCAUAAUCUUUGGGUCAACAUUUUCUCUCGAGUCUCGAAGCAUGAGUGGGAGCCUCCACCUUGAGGACAAGGUGGUUUUCUAAGGGGGUGAGAGUGUUAUG